CCAGGGCGGGGGCUAGCCGGAGGCGUCCUCUCCUCCGCUCCACUUUUGCAGGACACAAAGAGGCCUCUGUCCUCACGGCAGUCGGCAAAGAGGGCAUCGGGGCGGUGACGCCUCUGGGUUCCUAGGUUUUGUAUGCAAGGGAAGCGGGCUAUGUAUGGUUCAGGAGUUGUCCACCGCGACCAGUCUCGGCAAAGCAACCCUCAGAGUCCGCAGGCGUUACUGCAGAGACCGCUUGCUCCGCUUCUAGCGGUGUAACCUUCGGGCACCCCCUCACAGCACGCGGGGGACUGCAGCACAGGGCCCUUUAAGGGGUGGGGUCAGGGAGUCCCUAGGCCCGCCCUCGCUGACACGGCUCGGACUGGCUCGCGCCUCGCCCAACCGCUUUCCCUUUUCCUUCCCGUCUCUUUCGUGGUGACCCCGGAGGUGGAAGUAGGAGCAGGUCGGCUGUCGCGGCGGGGACGGAAGGCGGAAGCGGAGCGUGAGCGGGAGGCGGAGCCGGGGGAGCUGCGCUCGUAGCUCCCCCUGGCCCCAGGCCCAGCUGCUCGCGGGGGAGGAGUUACCGCCGCUCUUCGGCUUCAGAACUUACCGUGAUGGCUGUGACUUAAAACCCUCAGGAAGCCCCGGGGUCAUGGCCCAGAAGCACCCCGGAGAAGGAGGCUUGUGCGGAGCCCACUACAGCAGUGGUGCCUCCCUCAGGACCUUAGGACCCUCCGUGGGCCCUGAAAUACUUUCUUUCUCAGGACUCAGGGACUCAACAGGGACUGCUUCUAAUGGUACCCGCUGCCUCCCAGAACACUCUGGUCCUAAGUACACCCAGACCCCAAACCCAGCUCACUGGUCGGAUCCAAGCCAUGGCCCCCCGAGGGGUCCAGGACCACCUAGGGAUGGAAAAGACCCUGAUCAGAGUGAGGCGUCCUCAGAGGACUCCGGAGUUGACCAGGACCUCUCAAGAGAGAAUGAGGCUGGGUACCAGGAGGAGGGGACCCCUGCUUUUUUUUCCAUUCCAUCUGCUUGCAACUGCCAGGGGAGCCCUGGGGUCCCAGAAGGGCCUUACUCUGAGGGGGCAGACGGCUCUUCGAGCAACUUUUGCCACCAUUGUACCUCUCCAGCCUUGGGGAAAGAAGAGUUGGAAGAAGAAUAUGAUGAUGAGGAACCCCUUAAGUUCCCCAGUGAUCUUUCACGUGUGUCCGGUGGAAAGAAAGCUCCAUCCCGGAGACAGAGGCACCGCCUCCCAACCAAGGAGGAUACCCGGGAGGGUGGACGCAGAGAUCCCAGGUCCCCAGGUCGACAUCGCUUGAGCCGCAAACGGAGUCAGGCUGAGAAGCGCAGAGGCCUGGGACUGUGGGGAGCAGAGGAACUGUGUCAGCUCGGACACGCAGGCUUCCGGUGGCUCAUUGAACUGCUGGCACUGGUGGGAGAGUACGUGGAAACCUGUGGUCAUCUCAUCUAUGCAUGCAGGCAGCUGAAAGGCAGUGAUCUGGACCUUUUUAGGGUGUGGGUGGGAGUCUGGGCAGGACGGCUUGGAGGCUGGGCCCAGGUGAUGACCCAGUCUCUAAACCACACCUUGUACGUCGGGGCAGGACUGCUCACCCGCUUUCUUAGGCUACUGGGUGCUUUGCUGCUUCUGGCUCUGGCCCUCUUUUUGGGCUGUCUCCAGUUGGGGUGGCGAUUUCUGGUGGGAUUGGGCGACCAGUUAGGCUGGAGGGAUAAGGCCACCUGGCUCUUCUCUUGGCUGGACUCUCCGACCUUCCAGCGUUGCUUGUCUUGGCUCAGAGACAGCAGGCCAUGGCAGCAGCUUGUAAGAAUAGUUCAGCGGGGUUGGCUGGAGUUGCCUUGGGUCAAGCAGAGGACUAAUAGACAGGGGAAUGCACCUGUAGCUGGUGGGCGGAACUGUCAACCUGAAGAGGAAGUGGCUCGACUCUUGACCAUGGCUGGGGUUCCUGAGGCUGAGCUAAACCCUUUCCUUGUGUUGGGGGUUGAAGCCACAGCAUCAGACGUUGAACUGAAGAAGGCCUAUCGGCAGCUGGCAGUGAUGGUUCACCCUGACAAAAAUCAUCAUCCUCGGGCUGAGGAGGCCUUCAAGGUUUUACGGUCAGCUUGGGACAUUGUCAGCAACCCUGAAAGGCGGAAGGAAUAUGAGAUGAAACGAAUGGCAGAGAAUGAGCUGAGUCGGUCAGUGAAUGAGUUUCUCUCCAAGCUACAAGAUGACCUUAAGGAAGCGAUGAAUACUAUGAUGUGCAGUCGAUGCCAAGGAAAGCAUAGGAGGUUUGAAAUGGAUCGGGAUGCUAAGAGUGCCAGAUACUGUGCUGAGUGCAAUCGGCUGCAUCCGGCUGAGGAAGGAGACUUUUGGGCAGAGUCAAGCAUGUUGGGUCUCAAGAUCACCUACUUUGCACUGAUGGAUGGAAAGGUGUAUGACAUCACAGAGUGGGCUGGAUGCCAGCGUGUGGGAAUCUCCCCAGAUACCCACAGAGUCCCCUAUCACAUCUCGUUUGGUUCUCGGAUUCCGGGCACCAGUGGGCGGCAGAGAGCCACUCCAGAUAGCCCUCCUGCUGACCUUCAGGAUUUCUUGAACAGGAUCUUUCAAGUACCUCCAGGCCAAAUGUCGAAUGGGAAUUUCUUUGCAGCUCCUCAGCCUGGCCCUGGGACCACUGCAGCCUCAAAACCCAACAGCACAGUACCCAAGGGGGAAGCCAAACCAAAACGGCGGAAGAAAGUGAGGAGGCCCUUCCAACGUUGAUCCCCACCCUGCCCUCCCCCCUUUUCCUCAAAUCAAUGUCAGGGAGUCAAAAGGGCUGUGUACAGCACAGGAUGGAGUUUGAUUGGUUUAUUUUUAAAUAUUUUAAAAAGGGAAAAUUUUAAGCUUAAAUUGUUCACUCAGUACUUGUAGAAAGACCCUGAAGCACUCUCCCUCUCUUCCCCUAGCAUCCAGGAACUGAAUCUUGUCUUCUGACAAUACCAAAGAAACAGGGGGUGGUUAGAGUGAAGAACCUAGGGUUUGGACUAGGGUUGGACAAUUAUUCCCUUUGAGAUGUGGGAACUGGUUCUUUCCCUGUGGUCCAUAUGCCUUUUUCUUGACAUCUGCUUUUAGAGCAGAUGAUACUCCCCCUCCUCCCUUCAAAACUAUGAGUUUAUCUUAUUUCUUGAUGCAUUCAGGAGGCAGCCUCCUUCUUUACCUUGAUGCGCUAGUUAAAAGCCCUAAUUUUAAAAAGUGCAGACUUCCGAGAGAGGAAACUGUUGUUUUUCCUCUUUCACCUUGUGGGUAAGUCAUCCACCUCCAGUCUUACUGCAAGGAUGGCCAAAAUUAAUUUUUAAAAAGCAGACUCAUGCCCUCUGCCCUUGGGUGAGGGGGAAUACAGAAGGGGCUCCCAGAUGCCCCCUUGUGAUCCAAGGGUUUGUAUUUUUUUAAGUUUGUUCAUUUUGUAUGUACAUAUCUAUUUAAAGCCAGGAGAGUAUCUUUCUAUAAAUAUGUAACUGGCAA